AUGUCCGGCUCCGGCAGGAAAGACUUCGACGUGAAGCACAUCCUGCGCCUCCGCUGGAAACUGUUCAGCCACCCCUCGCCGGCGGGCGGCCCGGCGGGGGGAGGCUGCCUGCCGCCCGACAGCAGCUUCGAGCACUGGGGACCGAGCCAGAGCCGCCUGCUGAAGAGCCAGGAGAGAGGCAACGGCGUCUUCUGGAAGAAAUCCGCCUCCUCCGCCUCCUCCUCGGCGGCCACCACGGCCAGCCCGCCCAACGGGACGCUGCUGCCCGCCGGCGGCCGGCCGGCCACGGGGCACGGCCCGGGACCGCCGCCGCCCCGCACCGUCUUCUACGUGGAGUCCCUGGAGGAGGUGGAGGAGGAGGCGGUGCCCGGCGGGAUGGAGGUGGCCCGCGAGCCCGAGAAGCCCCUUGCGCCGCCGGAGCGGGAGGAGGCGCCGGGGGGCUGCGCCGAUGGAGGCAGCCGGGCAACAGGUGACGGAGGCGGGCACAGACUGUCAGGAGCCAGCCACCCCUUGCCACCCCACUGUGACAUGGACUCAUGUAGCUCCGAGGAAUUCUACCAGGCUGUUCACCACGCAGAGCAAACCUUCAGGAAAAUGGAGAGCUACUUGAAGCAGCAGCAGCUCUGUGAUGUUAUCCUGAUUGCUGGGGAUCGCAAGAUACCUGCACACAGACUUGUCCUCAGUUCUGUCUCUGACUACUUUGCUGCCAUGUUUACAAGUGAUGUUUGUGAAGCCAAGCAAGAAGAGAUCAAAAUGGAAGGCAUAGACCCCAAUGCACUGUGGGACCUUGUUCAGUUUGCAUAUACAGGCUGCCUGGAAUUAAAAGAAGACACCAUUGAAAACCUCCUGGCAGCUGCUUGCCUUCUCCAGCUCCCCCAAGUAGUAGAGGUUUGCUGCCAUUUUCUAAUGAAGCUUUUGCACCCAUCCAACUGUUUGGGAAUACGAGCAUUUGCUGAUGCGCAAGGGUGCACAGAGCUUAUGAAGGUGGCUCACAACUACACCAUGGAGAAUAUAAUGGAAGUUAUAAGAAAUCAAGAAUUUUUACUUCUACCUGCCGAAGAACUCCAUAAACUUCUUGCCAGUGAUGAUGUGAAUGUUCCUGAUGAAGAGACCAUUUUCCAUGCCUUAAUGAUGUGGGUGAAAUAUGAUAUGCAGAGGCGAUGCAAUGACCUAAGUAUGCUGCUUGCUUAUAUCAGAUUACCACUCCUUCCACCUCAGAUAUUGGCUGACCUGGAAAACCAUGCACUUUUUAAGGAUGACCUAGAAUGCCAGAAGCUUAUUCUGGAAGCCAUGAAAUAUCAUCUUUUACCAGAAAGAAGAACUCUUAUGCAAAGUCCAAGAACUAAGCCUAGAAAAUCUACAGUUGGAACACUUUACGCUGUUGGAGGAAUGGAUAACAACAAAGGAGCUACAACUAUUGAAAAAUAUGAUCUCAGAACAAACAUAUGGAUUCAGGCUGGAGUAAUGAAUGGCAGGAGACUUCAGUUUGGUGUUGCUGUCAUUGAUGACAAGCUGUUUGUCAUUGGAGGCCGGGAUGGUUUAAAGACAUUAAACACUGUUGAAUGUUACAAUCCAAAGACCAAGGCUUGGACUGUGUUACCACCUAUGUCAACACAUAGACAUGGCUUAGGAGUUACAGUGCUUGAAGGACCAAUUUAUGCAGUGGGAGGACAUGAUGGUUGGAGUUAUUUGAACACAGUUGAGAGGUGGGACCCUCAAAGUCAGCAGUGGACAUUUGUGGCAAGUAUGUCAAUUGCCAGAAGCACUGUUGGAGUAGCAGCAUUAAAUGGCAAGUUAUAUUCAGUUGGAGGUCGGGAUGGAAGUUCAUGUUUGAGCUCAAUGGAAUAUUAUGAUCCUCACACAAAUAAAUGGAAUAUGUGUGCUCCUAUGUGUAAGAGAAGAGGAGGUGUAGGAGUGGCUACCUGUGAUGGCUUUCUUUAUGCAGUUGGAGGUCAUGAUGCUCCUGCUUCUAAUCACUGUUCUCGUCUGCUGGACUACGUGGAAAGGUAUGACCCAAAAACUGAUACAUGGACAAUGGUGGCUCCACUGAGUAUGCCUCGAGAUGCUGUUGGUGUUUGUCUCCUCGGUGACAAAUUAUAUGCAGUAGGUGGCUACGAUGGUCAAUCAUACCUGAACACUAUGGAAGCAUAUGACCCUCAAACUAAUGAGUGGACGCAGAUGGCUUCCUUAAAUAUUGGAAGGGCUGGUGCCUGUGUUGUAGUCAUCAAACAACCAUGA